UAAGCACUGAUUGUUUUGUGUUGGAAGGAAGUCAGAUCACCGUAUGAAUCAAAUAGUGUCAGUUUGAUGUUUGUGAGGAACAAGCCAGUGACAGCCAGUGAAACCUGCUCAGUUUGGUGUUUGGAGGACCUGAAACGCAACAUGGCGAUGAAUCUGUUCCUAGUGCUGCUCGUUAUUUGUCUUCCAAAAUACAGUCAAGGUAAACACUUGCUUCGUUUCUUGACCUUCUGUCAAAGGGAUGAACCGGUAGAUGGACAGUAUGAUAUUGAAUUUGACGGCGAUCAGCUCCUGUAUGUUGACCCUGUCACCUAUCAGGCAGUCCCACGUUUGCCAGAGUUUGCAGAGCAGUGGACCCCUGAUCCUGGGCUGGCCCAAGACACAUAUGUGUCCCUGGGUACCUGCCACUACAACAUCCCACGUGCCAUAAAGGGAGAAAAUUAUCCUCCAGCGGUCAUAGUCAGUCCCACCUCCCUGAUCUACCCAAAGCAGGAGUUGGAACUCGGGGUCCCAAACACCCUCGUCUGCCUUGUCAAUGAUUUCCAUCCGCCUGUAGUCGACAUCACAUGGACCAGAAACGGGCAGCUGGUGGACCAGAGCGAAGUUAGCCAGACUCAGUACUACUCUAACAGCGACUUCAGCUUCCGCAUCUCGUCCUACCUGGACUUUACUCCGCAAGAGAGCGACAUCUACUCCUGUAGUGUGCACCACAUCAGCCUGCAGGAGCCUCUCACCAAGUUCUGGGAGGCUGAAGUACACCCAGACCAGCAGGUUGUAGAGACAACAGUGUGUGUUUGUGGUGUGAUCCUAGGGCUGAUUGGAGUUGUCACAGGACUCUGGUUCAUCAUGAAAGCCAACAAGUCCUGCCAGGCGUGACACGCAUCAAGACAAACACCUGAAUUUCGAUGUCAGAUGUGUGAUCUUUUUUCCCUUGUGUUUUUCCUCUGUUAGUGAGUUGGAGUGAGAUUUAUUUAUUUUUUUCCCCUAUCAGUUUUCUUUCUUUCUUUUUUCAGUUUUCUUUGUUUUGUUUUUACACUUGCUGUGUUUUAUGUUGUUUUUUUCCAUUUCUGCAACAAUACUGAAACUAAACCAGAGCUAAAUAGAAAGUUUGUUCAGUUAAAUAAAUAUACAUUUUCAGUUAGUAUUAGUCACUUAUGAGAAGAUUAAUACCAUUCUUUUGUCUGUACUGUACAUACAGAAUAUGGCUACAGCCAGGACAUAGUUAGCUUAGCACAAAGAUUUGGAAACUGGGGAACAGCUAGCCUGGCUCUGUCCAACAGUAACGAAAAUCUGCAAGCUGCACUUCUAAAGCUCAGUAACUAGAAAGAAGUAUUCUGGCAUAUUUUACAGAGAUAUAUACGUAAGAAUGGUUUCAAUUCUUCACAUGUAACUCUGCCAAAUAUUGUAUUUCCCAAAACAUCAAACUAUUCUUUUAAGAAUAGAGGGUUACUAUUUCUAAAUUUGCUUGAAAGAAUGUAUGCGAUUGACUCUAUCCUAAAAAAGUUUUUGACUAAUGACUUUUUUUUCCAUUUUACACAAUUAAUAAUAUAAUAUAUAAGAUAAGUGCAGAGGCUUUACCCGCGUUUGAUCAUAUUGCAGCACAGAAACAGCUUAAAGCUUGUACAAAUAAGGCACAUGAAAGAAAGUUGAAAAUGUCUGUUCCUGUAUACUGUACUGCAUGUCAUUGUACAUGCAACACACAUUCAAAUGAAAGAGAACAGUUCCCUUACAUUCUUGUUCUUGAGUUCCUUAACCCUUCACCACAUCAGCCAGUCUGAUCACUGGCACAGUCACAAAGUCACCAUCAAGAAUCGAAGCACCGACUAAGCUUUUAGGCAGAUUGCUGGUCCGUCAGUGACUGCCUGACACGAAUGAUCAGUGCAUAAUGUUUGUCAUGUCUGUUUGCUAGUGUUUUAAUACUCUCCAAACUGCCUCUGUUCUCUGCUUAGUUUUCAUUGUCUCUGGUCUGAAUCUAAUUAUUUUCACAGUGAUUGAUAAGAUAGCUGCCACAUUUGAAUAUGGAAUUGUGUGGAGCCUCUGAGGGAUGAAUCUGAGAUCUCACUGAAAGUACUGCAGCUUUGCUAUAAAAAUAGACACUGUCAGCUGAAGGGACUUUCAAAACUCAAUUUCUCUCAUCACUUGUUAUAUUGUGACAAUAAACCUACCUACCUACCAGAAGGAUUAAUAAUGCAAUUUGGCUCAGAUGAUAGAGCAGAGAAAACAAAUGCUGAAUGAUGAAUUAAGCCGCGUUUCCACCAAAAGUACCUGGGACUUUAAGUACCAGGAUCUACUUUUCAAGGAACUAAAAGAUCCUUCAGCCCACUGUUGUAUGCAUUUCCACCACAGUCUAAAGACCUGCGAAGAUUAGGCAAAUUAACCAGCUGACCUAUACGCCAUGCAGAGCCACGGAUUGGCAUCAUUAUUUAGUAAUGCCGCUAUCCAUGAGCAAAAUGUAUAUAUGAACAUCAGAAUUAAUUGAAUUAAUUAAAAAAACUAUAGGCUAUGCUUGACCAUGUUUUUUUCUGGGGGAGUAUAAUGACGAGACACACGAUUAAAGUUUGUCGCAAAUUUAAUAAAGUUCUUAAAAAAAAAACUGUAGCACAGAGAAAGAAACACAAACAUAAAAUCGCAAUAGUUUGGAAGGGCAUUAAAACAUUUCCAGCCAACAAGAGCUGCAGAUCAGCACUCAUGUCUGUGUCCGCCUGAGCUUCGGAGGAACGUGAUUUUUAAAGUGCUGUAAUCAGCUGGUCCGUUUGUUUUGGAGAGCAGGAGACCUACUUCGGCUCAUGUAGAAACCUCCUGACUGAUGAAAACUUGACACAACUCCGGAUCCAGUAUUUAGCUUAACUCCAUUAGCUGUUAGCUGUAAACACACUGCGGCAUGCUAGCUGCUAUUUCCGAGCUAUAACCGAUGUACGAUCUCAGGCUGACAUCGGUGAGACGUGUGUGUUAUUUGACUGUUGAUUGUGAUUUAUUGUGCAAACAACGGUGGAAAAGAGAGGAGCAGUAGUAGCAAAACACCUGACACGAUCGACUUAGGCUCCAUCCACACUACUACGUUUUCGUUUUAAAAUGCAGACCUUCUGCUACGUUUGCACCUCCCGUCCAGACUAAAACCGCUGAUCUGAAGGCCUAAAAAUAAAAUGCUGCUGACCCCGUUUUCAUUUUUAAACUCCGGGGUAGUGUAGUAGUGCAGACGGCCAAAAACGGAGGACUUUAAAAACACAAUACUACUGACAGAGUUUUAGUUUUGGUAUUUUAAUUAAAAUAUUUUAAUACUACUCCUUGAGGUUCUUCGUCCAUAGUCCUUUCUUCUUUCGCCAAAUCUUCUGCAACUGCGGAAUAGACCACCUGCUUCAUGUUUACACUGGCAUGCACAUACCCAGUGUCAUUUUUAUAUAGACGGAGAUCAACUCUGAUAUGCAGCAAAAACGCUGAUGUGGACCAAAGGUUCCUAGUUCCGGGU